AUGGUGAUGAUGAUUAUUGUGGACAACCCAACAGUGGAGUGCAAUGAGGAGGCAGGGCUGAUUAGCGACCUGUUCACAAAUUACAACAAGAAUAUUCGCCCAGUGCAGCAUCCCGAAGACAAGGUGGAGGUGAUGAUCAAGAUGACCCUCACUAACCUCAUCUCCCUGAAUGAAAAGGAGGAGACCCUUACAACCAAUGUGUGGAUUGAGAUUCAAUGGAGCGAUUAUCGCCUUGCCUGGAACUCAUCUGACUAUUACGGCAUUGAGAUUAUUCGUGUGCCGUGCAAAACGGUUUGGCUGCCUGACAUCGUCCUUGAGAACAACAUUGAUGGCAAGUUUGACGUGGCCUACUAUGCCAAUGUAUUGAUCUCCAGUAAUGGGUGGAUGUAUUGGCUGCCUCCUGCCAUCUAUCGCAGCACUUGUGCAAUUGAGAUCACCUACUUCCCCUUUGAUUAUCAAAACUGCACCUUAGUAUUCAGGUCCCAGACAUACAGCGCCAAUGAAGUGAACCUCAUCUUGGCUGUUGGGGAGACUGGGGAGACUAUUGAGUGGGUGGACAUUGACCCUGAGGCCUUCACAGAGAACGGUGAGUGGGCCAUUGUCCAUCGUCCCGCCAGAAAGCUGAUCAACGCACGUUAUUCCCCGGAUGACCUGGAGUAUCAAGAGGUCUUUUUCAAUCUGAUCAUCCAGAGAAAGCCUCUCUUCUACAUCAUCAACAUCAUCCUGCCCUGCUCACUCAUCUCCUCCCUUGUCGUGCUGGCCUAUUUCUUACCUGCACAAGCUGGGGGGCAGAAGUUGACUGUGUCCAUCUCUGUCUUGCUGGCUCAGACUGUCUUCCUCUUUCUUAUUGCUCAGAAGAUCCCUGAGACAUCCCUCUCUGUCCCUCUCAUUGGCAAGUACCUGAUCUUUGUCAUGUGCGUGACGACUCUCAUCGCUACCAAUCAGAUUGUGGUCCUCAACUUCUCCCUGCGCAGCCCCAGUACUCACACAAUGUCCCAGACCCUCAAACAUGUGUUCCUGGAGUUGGUGCCCAACAUCUUGCGCAUGCGCCCACUGGUGGGUGACAGCGAGGUGAAAGCAGAGGUAAACGGAGUGCGGGGGCGGCGGCGGAGCUCCUUUGGCCUAAUGCAGAGAGCAGAGGAAUAUGUGCUGAAACAACCACGCAGCGAAAUGAUGUUUGACAAACAAAGAGAGAGGCAUGUGGCUGACAUGGACAUCAGCAGCACAGCCAACCUGUAUAAGAGCUUGGCUCAAGCUGCGCCUGAAAUCAAGCAGUGUGUGGAUGCCUGUAACUUCAUUGCUGAGAGCACAAGACAGCAAAAUGAUAUUGGAUCUGAAAUGGAGAGCUGGGUACUGAUUGGAAAGAUGAUUGACAAGGUGUGUUUCUGGGCUGCCAUUCUCCUGUUUACUGUUGGCACAGUGGGAAUCUUCCUGUCAGGACACUUCAACCAGGUGCCAGAAUUUCCAUUUCCUGGGCAGAGCAAAAGAUACACACCGAGUUAAAAAAUGCUUCAGUGCCCUCAAGACCUUAUCAAGGGUCACUGCACCUCAUGCUGUCUAUAAGAGUUGGCGGACUUCCUCUUUUCCAAUCAGGCUACGAUUCAGGGUUGAGCCCAUGUAGCAGGGAUUUAAUGUCACAUCUGUGUGUGUAUAUAUUCACAUCUCAUGUUCAUAAGGUGCACUACAGGCAUUGUCCUAAGAGUGUUUUGAUACAAACAUGCAACUUCUGUACAGAUGCUCCUGAGAGA